UUGGGGCUCUCCUUCCUUCGUUCCUCGUACUCCACAAUUUAAACCAAAAUCUCUUCAAAAAGAUUACAUUUUUCACGGAUACAUUUUGCAGGCCGAAAGAAACAUUUUCUCUAAAAUUUACUCCUUUGCUGCAACCGAUCCCUCGCCAAGAAGACAUUUUGACGUUGUUUUCCUUUAAUUUAUUCCGAUUCCUGUCUUGAAAAGCAGCAAUUAAAGCCCUUUCCAUUGUCGGUUCCUGGCGGCCAACGGCUGAUUUUGGCCUCUAAGUGGAUCUCGGUUUAAGAUCCCACAUACUGAAUAUCGGCAUUUGUUUGAUAUCCUGAUCUCGGAAAUGGAGGAUCAAAUGAAGAGAUAAGCGGCAUUUGGGAGUUAUUCUUCGGGAUUUGCUGGUUAGAACUCUCCUAGCAUCCAUUUCCUUGGUGCCGUGCGUGCCCUUCCCAUUCUGCAAGUCGCUGCGUUUCCUUCUCAUCCAGCGAUCUCCCGACUUUGCGAGUGAUUCCUUUCACGUUCAGCGGUCGCGGCUUAUAGUCUCUUCAACCUCAUUUCAUUCGCCGCUUCUCCAUCCAAAGAUCUCCUUCAGCGAAGAACGCCGAAGCUGCAGCUUACAUGCACUUGAAGUUAAUUCAUCCUUCUAUAUCAACCAAUAUCUUGUCUUAGCACGAUAUCCUUAGGGGCCUUAUAUAGAUCAUUUUAGCGGCUUCUCUUUUUUGACAUAAGUUGAACUGGUGUUAGAUCUCGUUUCCGAGUGGCCUUAUCUUGGUAAUUUGAAGAUUUUUGUCAACAAAUCAUAUAUCUUGUUCAAGAUGUUUGACUGUGGUUACAAGGCACAAUAUAUGGAUGGGCAGAAAGAGAAGUUUGUAAGAUUGGAUCAGUCAAACCAAACAUUGCCAUUUGUUUCAAAUUGUGGAAAAAUGAAGAAGCGUGGUUUCCUCAUGGAGGGAUUUGGGGUGGGUUCAAAGAAUUCAACAAAGCCGUUCAAAAUAGGAAUGAAAAAGGGAUCUGAAGGACUUAGGUCACUGGGUAAAUCUCUUAGAUUUACAGGUACGAAGGGAGUUUUCCAAGAGGAUCUCAAGGUUUCAGAGAAGAGGAUUUUUGAUCCUCAAGAUCCAUUUCUUUUGAGAAUGAACAGGCUUUUCGUAAUAUCAUGUAUUCUUGCGGUGUCAAUUGAUCCAUUGUUCUUUUAUCUUCCUGUCUACGAUGAUAAAUCAAAUUGCCUCAGCAUAGAUCGGAAGCUCGCAUACACCUCAACCACAUUACGCACUAUGAUUGAUUCUUUCUAUCUCCUUCGAAUGGCUCUUCAGUUCCGUACUGCUUACAUUGCUCCCUCCUCUCGUGUUUUUGGUAGAGGUGAACUUGUAAUUGAUCCUGCUCAGAUAGCUAAUCGUUACUUACGGCGUUUCUUCACUGUUGAUUUCCUUGCUGUGCUACCACUACCACAGAUUGUUGUUUGGAGGUUUCUCCAACGAUCAGAAGGUUAUGAUGUGCUGGCCACAAAAAAUAUAUUGCUCUUCCUUAUAUUCCUUCAGUAUAUUCCCAGAUUUAUCAGAAUUUUUCCUUUGACAUCAGAGCUUAAACGAACUACUGGUGUGUUCGCUGAAACUGCUUGGGCUGGCGCUGCAUACUACCUAUUGUGGUUUCUACUUGCUAGUCAUAUAGUGGGUGCAUUUUGGUAUCUGUUAUCUGUUGAACGUCAGGAUGAUUGUUGGCAUCUUGCUUGUUCAAAGUAUAAUGGAUGCCUCAGGGAUUUCUUGUAUUGCAGUGAUCAUCAUCUUGAUGGUUUUGAUCAAUGGUCCAAUGUCAGCAGUGCAGUUCUUAAGAAACAAUGCUCUGUGGAUGUUGAUAAUCCGCAAUUUAAUUUUGGCAUCUACACUCAGGCUGUAACUUCUGGAAUCAUUACAUCAAAUAAGUUCGUCUCCAAAUUUUGUUAUUGUUUAUGGUUUGGUUUACAAAACCUGAGUACCCUUGGCCAAGGUCUCACAACGAGUAUUUAUCCUGGGGAGGUUGUUUUCUCCAUUGCUCUUUCUAUACUUGGACUCAUUCUCUUUGCCCUUCUAAUUGGGAACAUGCAGACUUAUCUUCAGUCACUGACCAUAAGACUGGAAGAGAUGAGAGUGAAAAGGCGCGACUCAGAGCAGUGGAUGCAUCAUAGAUUACUGCCACAGGAACUCAGGGAACGUGUUAGGCGCUAUGAUCAAUAUAAGUGGCUGGAAACGAGAGGUGUUGAUGAAGAGAACUUGGUCCAGAGCCUUCCCAAGGAUCUUAGGAGGGAUAUCAAACGCCAUCUCUGUUUAGCUUUGGUGAGAAGGGUUCCUUUGUUUGAAAACAUGGAUGAGCGAUUACUAGAUGCCAUAUGUGAACGGCUGAAACCAAGCCUGUACACUGAGAGCAUCUAUGUUGUCAGAGAAGGAGAUCCAGUUGAUGAAAUGCUCUUCAUCAUUCGCGGCCGACUCGAGAGCAUCACCACUGACGGUGGCAGAAGUGGUUUCUUCAACAGAAGUAUUCUCAAGGAAGGAGAUUUCUGUGGCGAGGAGCUGUUGACCUGGGCUUUAGAUCCAAAAGCUGGAGCCAAUCUCCCUUCUUCCACAAGAACAGUGAAAGCCUUAACUGAAGUAGAAGCUUUUGCAUUAACAGCUGAUGAAUUGAAAUUUGUUGCAAGUCAGUUCAGACGUUUACAUAGCAGACAAGUUCAGCACACUUUCCGCUUCUAUUCGCAGCAAUGGAGGACAUGGGCGGCUUGCUUCAUACAAGCAACAUGGAGGCGUUAUUGUAAGAGGAAAGCUGCAGAGAUUCGGCUGAGGGAAGAAGAUGGAAAAGCGGUUGAUCAGGAAGGUGUUUCUUCAAGUCUUGCAGCUACAAUAUAUGUUUCUCGGUUUGCAACCAAUGCUCUAAAAGGAGUGCAAAAGUUUAGAAAUAAGAGAGUUGGGGAGUUGGUUAAACCGACUAAGCCUUCUGAACCAGAUUUUUCAGUAGCGGACUAAUUUAUAUGGAAACUGUUGGAGCUAUUUAUCAUCUUCAAGGGCAGUGCCUUUGAUCUGGGGUUCAUAUGGUCCUGGAAAAUUUUCUUGGUAAUGCAGCUCCCAAUUUCUUAAUCAUAAGUUCCUUUUUUUUAGGCAGCCAACUUUAGGUUUCGUUUGGGAUAACUUUCUUACUGCUUUAAGAAACUGUUUUUUAGUAAAAAAAAUUAUUAAAAAUAGGAAAAAAGCAAUGGUCUAAAACGAUUCCAAACGAGACCUUAAUCUAAUGAUUAUAAGCUUGAGGGCUAUGCUCUUAAGCAACACAAGCUCAUCGAUCCAAGACCUUGUGUGUACGAAUAUGUGUAUGAGUUUACAAUUAAAUUUGUUCAAAUUUUUUCCCUUUUUUUUUUUGGCUCCUUUCUAACUUGCCUGCAUGGCCAUGAUGAACUCAUUUGAAGUGUAAUAAGGAGUCGAAGAUCAAAGAAUAUGUAUGAGUUAAUCUGCUUAUUAGUUUGGAAUUGCUU